GAAUCUUGGGUUCAAAUCCUAGGGUUUUUGCCAGGAUCUCUGAGAGGAGGACAUGAACUAUUUAGAGCUGAUAACGACAAAAAAUCUGGUGUCUGCAGCUGCUGGUGCUGGGGCUGCCUUCCUGAUAGCCAAAGCUAUCUUGGCAGGGAUCAACAGCCCUCCCUACAACCCAGAGCAACUACCAUUUGCCAAAUUGGCCAUAGCGCAUCAGAGUAAACAUGAGAUAGAAUCCAGAGAACUCAGGGGACAUUUGCUCUCUCUCAAUUCAAAGCUAGAUGACUACUCCAAGAAUAUGAUACUCCAUGGCAUCACUCGCUCUGUUUAUCUACUGGACACAGAGGCAUCUGCAUGUACUUAUGAUGAUAUCAAACUAGUGGCAUCAUUCCUGGAUGAUCCAGAUGUGGGCAUCAAGAUUCAGACUUUGCAUGCCCUCAAGGCCUUUGCAGGCAUCUGGAAGUUUAGAAUUAGAAUCCAGGAGUAUAUCCCAAAGGUUCUUGAAAUCAUUACCGAUAUAUGGGAUAGUGAUGUGCAUAUUGCUGGACUAAGAUUACUCAACGUGCUGCAAUUGCCGGAUCACAUGAAUGUGCUGCUAAGAAAACUUCUGCCAGCCCUGAUGGAGAUACUGCAGAUGGGAAACACCUUGUCUCAGGUGCAGGUUCUAAAAUUUCUUAGCAGUUUAGUCCAGAAGGAAAGCCUCCUAUUUGACAUCAUGAAUUGCCAGGUUCACCCUGAAUUCUUCAACCUAUUCCAAACAUCCCGGCCUGGAAACCUCCUGUUUGAGUUGCUGGUAUUUGUAGAACGACUUUGUGAGGGUCGCCUGACUUCACACUAUCAGUCAAUGCAUUGGGAAUACAAUGAAUUGUCUCUCCACGAGGUCCUGUUUGGAGUUGACUCCCGUCUAGCCGACUGUCUUCUCUCUCUUAUCAUUCAUCCUGAGGAGGAGGUACAGAUCCAGGCCUGCAGGGUCAUCCUGAAACUCCAGCUAAAUGAGGACGGCGAGAUCAUUGGCAUCCAUGGAACUGAUACCACCUACAGUACCCUCUCUGACUGCAAUUUUGAUCACCCUGCUUUUGAAGCUGAACAUUAAUGCUUUACAGAGUUUAAGAGACUUAAAUUAUUUAAAUUAAAAUUAUUGGGGGGGGGGGGUAAAUCAAAUAGACUGAGGAAGAAUAACUUGGGUUUGGUGAAGUAGACAAGUUCACAAAAGCUUAUGCUAGAAAUUUCUUGGGACUCCUUUUUUUUUCUUUUUAUGCUAAUACGGACUAACAUGGCUACUUGAGGAAAAAGUAGUGUGUGAUGUUACUGCUAGUCUUCAUAGGUGAAAAGGGUUUAUUACCAGUGCAUCAGUGGUUCAGCAUCUUAACUUCUAGAUUUUUUGACCUUCAAUUCUAGGAUUUCUGACCAUUUGCCAGAUUAAAGAGACCUUAUGUAGUCUAAAAUAUACAACAUCUGAAGGACUAAAGGUUGAGGAUAAUUAAUCUAAUUCUCAGUUAUGAUCUGUAGCAGAGGGAAAGGGCAGGUUUUCUGCAUCUAAAAGAUGGUCUGAAUAAUCCUAUAUCUCCCCCUGCCCCACAUCAACAUCAAUAGGACAUUUGCAUCAGCAAUGGGCAGAUUGAGACUCAUUGGGCACUUUUUCCUUUAAUUUACACCACAAGAUUGAGAAUCCAAAGCCAGAUUCAAAAGACAUACACACUGAAUUUUUAAAAAGGUGCCUGAGAACAUCCAGAGCCCAGGAAUUUGAUUUCAAUGUAAGAACUGAACUGAAUUCAAAAGUCUUUUCCCACAAUAUUCUGGUCCUGUGUAACCCAGCCUUCUUCACUGCAGCAGUGGGUGAUAGUUGUGGUUCAUAAUGAUUAAAUUAUUGUAGCUGAGAGUAAAAGAAAAUCUUGCUAAUUUACUACAAACACUGGCAGCUCCCAGUAGGUCCCAACCCACAUUUCCCCCCAUUGCCAACUUACACUGCUGCUGUAAUAAUGAAACAUACACAAUAUCCUGCAGUCAUCCAGCACAAAAGUUGUAGGCAAAUCACCAAUAUUCAUGGAAAUAUCAUCAAUGUCCAUUAUGCUUAGGCUGGAAUGGCAGCAGCACUGCUCUUCCCAUCAGGUAGCCACAGAAGGGGGAAGGCCAUUCACAAUAAGAAUGGACUCUUACUAUUUCAGGAAUGCUGUAGUUGUACUGGGAGGAGGUUGCCCUGACAGCCUUGUGGGCCCUUCUAACCGGAGGAUCUCCAUACUGUACAAUUUCAAGUGCAGGACAUGCAGCACAAUACAGCAUCUGAAUAAAUUCCCUUUGGCAGUGAUCUGCAUGGAGGCCUCUCAUGGACAACAAUUCAAAACCUACUGAGUAAGGGAAAGAGCCUGCUGACAUGGUCAGAAAAAGGAGGAACUAUGAGAUGAAACAAGACACUUUCAGGGGAUGGGCACAGCUGCUUUUUCCUAUACAUAAUUUCUAGGCAUAGAGCACAGGGUUGAAUCACGGGCAAUGCAAAUUCCAAUUACUGUAUACAAUGGAGAACAGUAGGAUUGAGAUCCCAUUCUGUUUGCAUGCCCAACUAUCAAGUCAUGUAAGAGGAAAAGAGGAGGUGGCCCAGCUCAAAGCCACUUUAUGUACUCCAUAGCACAUUCCUUAUUCAGCAAUAAUAUGGAACAUUCACAGAUCAUAGAGAAGUUAUCUUUUUGGCUAUAAUUCCCAGAAUUGCUAUCAUAUCCUUAUGCUAGCCAGAGAAAUCUGGGAGGCAUCAUUCAAAAAAUAAACACCAAAGUAAAUUCAAUUAUCUUAAUCCAAUCAUAUACAAUAGCACCACAAUGGUUCUUUAAAGAGACUUAGCUCACUGAAGGUUUAAAUUUCACAUGCAGAAAAUCUCAGCUUUAAUGUAACCUCCAAAUUUGAAAGAUGCUUGCGCCCUACAAGCACACCUUACACAGAGAGGUAUUUGCACAGUAGACUACUGUGCCCAAACACCAGUCUAAUGUAACCAAUAGGUCCUGCUUCAUUCUUCACUGGGUUUUUACAAACAUUUAAGAAGCCAAGAUCUUGCGGUGACUUGCAACUCAGGAUGCAUUUACUCUGCAGAAGUAAUGUAGUUUGAUGCUAUUUUAACUGUGAUGGCUCAAUGCUACGGAACUCUGGGAUUUGUAGUUUGAUGAGGCACUAGUACUCUUUGUCAGAAAUAGCUAAAGACCUUGUAAAUCUACAACUUCCAUGAUUCCAUAGAAUGCUAUGGAAUCACGGGAGACAUGACAGUUAAGGUGGUGUCAAACGGCAGUAUUCUGUAAUGUAGAUGCAUUCUCAGACAAAAGGCAACAUACACAGGGGCUGGGUGUUCUCAUUACUCCCAUUUCCCAUCUUAACCAAUCAUGGCAGCUCUAAAGCUUGUCUUCCCUGGGGCCACCUCUUUCUCUGACAAAACAUGACUGCUGGCACCACUGUUUUGUCUGAGAACUAGCACAGCAGGUCUCACUGUCCAUCCACAUUGCCUUGUAGAUGAACCCAUCCCCUGAAAGUCUUAUAAUCCCAUACUGCAGGAUCACAGUUCUUGACUCCCUGGAGCAACCAAGGUUUCUGCAGCCCUCCAAAUCAAAAUUUCAUCUUGAGAUCAGCUAAAGCAAGCCUGAAUUAGAGUUGGAGGAAGGCAGUCUUAUAUGCUAACUUCUAGCACAAACAAAAACAACACAUGCCCAAAAUGAAAGGAGAAGGUUGUCUUCCAUUGAGUUUAACAUGUGGUUUUGACAUAUACUGAAGUCGGCAACACAUUGUGCUGGUGUUGGGGACAGAACUUGAAAUAGUUAUUUUCAAUCCUUGCUUGUCACCUUGAUGUCUCCAUCCCAUGUUGGCUGCUGUACUGACAGUGUACCUAUGUUGGUAUGGAGCUGCAGCAAUAUACCUGUAAAGUUAUGCUAGUGUUUUCCCACUUGUUGAAGUGCAUCUGGGAUUCCACACUAAUUUUCAUCCUAUCCUUUGGAGCCCUGGUGGUAUAGUGGGUUAAAGCCUUGUGACUUGAAGGUUGGGUUGCUGACCUGAAGGCUGCCAGGUUCGAAUCCAAGUGCGGAUGAGCUCCCUUUAUCAGCUCCAGCUCCAUGUGGGGACAUGAGAGAAGCCUCCCACAAGGAUGGUAAAAAGAUCAAAACAUCCAGGCAUCCCAUGGGCAACGUCCUUGCAGACGGCCAAUUCUCUCACACCAGAAGCAGCUUGUAGUUUCUCAAGUCGCUCCUGACAUGAAAAAAAAAAUCCUAUCCUUUGAUUCCUAGUCAGGAGCAGAUCUAAGUUUCACCACUUAAGUUUUUUAGUCUUAUGUCUUCAGUGGCACAAAAUGUACAAACUUCUAAGUUUUCCUCAUUAAUUCUGAGAAAUCCCAUCUAUUUAUAUUUACCAAUCUUCAGAAUUUGGCUAAGUCAGAUUUAAAAAAGAGACAGAGACAGAGAGAGGCCAAGAUAGACUAAUUCCAGGAAAAGAGAUAUAGCCAACAUUUUGGGACUUAUGAAAAUUGACAAAUUAUCAUAUCAGGGUCUAGAUACUGAACAAGGAAAUAAUGCAUCUGCCCAAAUAAAGAUAAAUAAAAAUGAGAAAUUUUACAUUAGAACAUUUAUUUCUCAGAGAGAAAAUAUAGUUUCAGACAGUCAGAUUAUAGUAGGUAAAAUUAGCAUUUUUUCUUUACAAGCAUAGAAUUUAUUACCUCUUAUACCUUCUGAUAUAAACAGUUCUAGAAAGCAAAUAAACUCACUUUCUACAAUAAAUAGAGCCAUCUGUGCUUUACAGCAGACUGACAAGUCACGUUUAGGUCCCAUAGCAACAGCAGGAUUUUAGCCAAUUCAAAUCUCUAAAAUGUAUUUUUUUUAAAAAAAAACAAACACAAGUAAAAUGGACGUUCUUAAAACAGUUAUACAUAGGUUACGAGUCCACAGCCGAGCUACAACCUGGGGAAGUGUAUGUUGCUUUAAAUUAAUUACACUGUGUGCAUACAAAAGACCCAGCGACACAACUGAGGGCUUCCAAGAAUGGUAACAAUUGGCCUAAAUAAUUUAGAACAGUAUUUUACAAGUAUGUACACAAGUUCCUUCCAUAGCCACACUCUUUAUAAAGAUUCCCAUUCAUGCUCUUCAUGUUACAGAUAUUUUGUAUAAAGUGUGGUUUUAUAUCCUGAUAUAUCCCAAUAUAUAAGAUGUGGUCCUUUUUAAAAAAAAUAAAAAGGAUACCACAUAGAAAUGGCAGUGAUUUUCCCCAAUAUAAACAUUUUGUUCCACAAUCUCUUUAGUAUGAAAAAAUAAAAAUAAUUAAAAAUGAAUUGAAAAAAAAAA